UGUUUCUCAAGAACCACCUGUACACGCAAAUCCUAGAAAAUGCUGACACAGGAGCUUCUUGGGAAGACAUAGAUAGGAUCAAAGGAGGGUGGAAGCCACCGGAUAACUCCGAUGGCUUUGUCCCAUGCUUGUCGAAACUAGAUUUGUACCAAGCGUACUUUCAGCUAGCGAACAAUGAAAGUGAAAACUACUACAUCAGUG